AUGAGGCUGCUCGAGCACAAGCUCAGCAAGUCAGAGGGCAUCAUUCGAGACCAGGCCGACUGCAUCGCUAAGUACUCAGAGCGGAACGUAAAGCUAACGACUAUGCUCGAGCAUCAGCAGAAGCUUCUGUCGUCUCUCGAGUUCGAGGUCAAGACCACGCAGACCAUGUGCAACUGCAUCAAGGAGACCGUGACUACAUUUGGCGAGAGAGUUCAAUCAGCGAAUGAAGAUGUAAGCGUCACCGCGAAGCAGAUGAAGCUGCAGGAAGAAGCGGUUGCCUCUCUGGAAGCCGAAGCGAGGCUUGUAUUGCAAUGGAAGACCGAGCACCUGAAGAAACUGACGGAGCUCGACGAGAGCGCGAAGCAGCGUAAGCGAGCAAUUGGGCAGCUCGAAGCUGCGCUCGAGCAGUCGAAGCGUACGCUCUCGCAAUCUGACCAAGACAAAGGUCGCUUGCAAGGCCAGAUUGCUGCCGAAGCCGAAGCGAUGACCAAGCUCACGUCGAAGGCUACACACUACCGAAACUCCUUAAAGCAAGUUCAAUCCGUGCUCUCACAACAUCAAGAGACAGUGGCCAGUCUUCGUGCUGCCCUUGAGGAGAGCACAGUCAAGGGCAAUGGCCUCUCGCAAGCCCUCAAGGAGCAGGCUGAAACAGCGGAAAGGGAGCGAGACGCCUUGCUCGGCCAACAGGCCGACUUAACGAGCCAAAUCGAGGUUCUGCGUUGUCAAGUGGACACCCUCAGCCAAAGCAACGAUGCUCGCAAUGCUGAGAUAGCUAGCCUCAACGAACAGCUACGUGCCUCUGAAGAGCAGCUUGAGCGUCAACAGGAGCGGUACGUUCGACCACUUAACGGCGAGAACAAUGACCUGAGAGCUUCCAAGGGCGACCUUCUGGCUGAGCUGCAAGAACUAAAGCAGUGGCUCGACUCGUCGAAGGAGCAGACUGCGCGGUUGGCAAGUGAAAGGGACGAGCAAGCGUUACUGAUCCUCGAACUACAAACCGAAUCGGCCGAAGUCCGGUCACUCUUCGAGGGCGAGCAAGCGGAACGCAAAAAGGCAGAAGAGGUUGCUGCUGAGAUGCGGGCACGGCUGGAGCACCAGCAAGCUGCAACGGCUCUCGUAGAGAGCGACCUCGGCUCGCUUCAGGCAGGAAGCGCGAACAUGCUUCACGAGGUCCAGCUGCUUCGCGGAGAGCUGCUCGAUCACGAAGCCACUAAGAAGCGAGCCUGCGACCUGGAGUCAAGAUUGGGCGCUGCCACAAGCAACCUCGAUGCGCUCCAGAAGACCGUCGCGUCCGCUCACGAGGCACGCGCAAGAGUCGAGGAGGAACUGCAAGCGAAGACCGACGAAGGCAGGAAGCUCGCCACUCUCUUGGACGAGGCUCGUCGCAAUAACGAAGUGCUGGCAAGUGCUGUGAGGCAAGAAGAGCGCAAGCUCGAGGAGAUCGGUGACCGUCUGAAUAUGGAGCAAAACAGGGCCGACGAAGCCUUCGCACAACUCAGCGCCGAGCGUGAUGCGAAAGAGCGGGAGCUCAAAAAGCAACUCCAGAAGCUGCAGGAGACGCUACACGAGAAGGUGCCUUGA